AUGGAAACAUUAGUGUGUAAAACAUCAAGCAAUGAAAUUCAAGAAGGAGACUUUGGUCUAGACACAAAUUUUAGAGCUUUACUCUUUACAAAUUCAGAUUUGGCUUCAACUGAUAUUACUAUUUCACAAAACACUAAUAGUGAAGAAUUUAUGGAAUCUAGUAAGGAAAAUUUAAUCAAUCAAACCAGUACUACUUCUUUUGGCAGUGAUUCUAAAACUUCUAACGGAUUGUCAAACAAAACAUUAUCUCCAACUUUAAUAGGGCAAGCUUUCAAGGUUAUGAAAAAUUUAUUUUCUCCAGAUAAAAUUAUGAGUAAAUCAUCCAACAAUGCACAGUCGUGUGAUUCUUCAGAAUCGUUUUCUGAUUCAUUAAAAUAUAAAAGUAAAUCUGCACAGGAUGUUUCGAUAGUUGGUUGCAAAAAUCUUGAAAGUAAAUUUGAAACUGAGAAUGAGAAUAAUGUUGGCGUUAUUGCAAGUUCUCAUAAUUUAGAUAAUCACAACACAACCAAUGAAUCUUACUUAACCACUGGAUCAAUUGUUGAAGAUUCAUUUCAAUCUGCAGUUACUAAUUUAGAUGGUACAAGAGAAGUGAUAAAGAGUGAUCACAAUGUUUCUUCAGUAAUUUCACUUGACAAUUCCCAGUGUUUGACCUCAACGAAUUCUUGUAAUGAAUCUACUAUUUAUAAUGAUUGCACCUUGGAAAACACAAUAAUUAAAAUUUCUGAUAUAAGUUUGUCAAAUAAUUGUCGACUUCCAGUCGCGAAAAACGAUAGUAACUGCAAUGAUUUAGAGGUUGUAAAUAAAAGUAUUUUGACUGAAAACGAAAAAGUUGAAAUGCCUAAAAAUUCUGGAGAAUGUUGCGUUGACGACACAUCUGUAAUGAAUUCUGUAAAUAAUGAUACAGUUCUUUCCGAAAUGGAGCAAAGUGAAAACAAUUGUUGCUACAGUAAAAGUUCCGAAAAAUUUUAUGAUUUUGAAAAAAAUAUGGAAUCUGACCUUGCAGAGACCUGUAUGGACGAUAAUAAUGAAAAUAAUAAAAAUUCUGAGGAUUUAAAUUCUGUAGAUUUAUUUCGAUUUACAAAACCAACAUCUACAGAAUCCGAGACGAGUUUUUUUGAUGUCAAUGAAACUGAAAGUGAAUGUUUUUUCGAAGUAGCAAAUGAUGGUCCCGAAAAUGCAUUAACUGGCAGCAUCAGCACUACUACAAUAAUUCUAGAUAAGAAUCAUCCAUCGAAUCACUUUUUGGAAAACGGAGGAGAUAAAAGUCCAGUAAUUUCUAUUUAUGAUUCUAAGAAAAGUACGUCUCCUAAUAAUAAAUGUACAAAAAAUGAAUUCUUACUUAAUCAAAGUAUUGAACAGGUGGAAAAGAAAAUGAAAAAAUCAAAUAAUAAUAAAAAGGGAAAUUUUAACAAAUUGAAUAAAACUUUUGAUGGAAGUAAUAGGAAAAAUUUUAAUAAAUCUCCAAAAUCAAAACGAAACGGAAGUUUAGAUUUAAAAGGAAAGAAAAAUAGUUUGAGUAAUCAUGCAGAGAUUACCAAUAAUCAUACUUACACUCAUGAAGAACGCGACAAUAAUAAUUCUACGCCUUCUCAAAAUUUUUCUAGUAUGCCUGAUUUAUCACUCGCUAAAACCCUUUCCUCUCAACAGAGUUAUACUAUUUUGGAAACAAUGAAUGAUUUGAAAAGACCCGUUAUUAACUCUCCGGAAGAUUCCAACGUCACAACAAGUACAAAUUCUUUUUGUAGCUCUGGCAGUAAUCUUGUUGGCAAGAAAACUUAUACAAAAAUAUCUAAUGAAUUUGAUCUUACCACGAGUAAAACUGAAACUUUAAUUUCUGCUCCGAAGCAAUCUACUCCUGUUGUAGCAGGAAACAAGACGGAUGAAACUUCAACGAAUUGUGAAAGUCUUUUAUCAAGUCCUACAUCGGAAGUGCUGGUGGGUUGCAAUAUUGAAAAAAAACUCGAAAAUGUUGAUGGUGAAACAAAAAAUUUGAAUUCUGUUCCUUUUAUAGGCAAGCAUGAAAUCGAAAUUUCACCCAUAAACUCUUUCAACGAAGAUCCUCUUCCUUGUAUAGAAAAAAAACUAUCAUCGAAUGAUGAGACGGGUUUUGAUAGUUUAGAAAACGCAAAUAAAACUCGGUUUUCAUCUCUUGAAAAUAAUGUUUUUCGUGUAUCCCAGUCCAGCAUAAAUCAAACAACAAUCGAUCUAUCCGAACCUGGGACCGAUAAAUUGAAAGAUACUCAACCUUUAAAUCCUUGUCCUGAUUCCAAAGAUCUCGAUAAACCUAUGGAAAAUAAUUGUCAAUUAAAUGUGACGAUAGAUUUGACUACGCAGGUACCUGGAGUUGAACUCGAAGAAACUUUCGAAAAAAAAGAAUUAAAAAAUGAAACGGAAGAGAAUAAUGUACAGUAUUCGUCGAUUAACGGUAGAAGAGAAUCAGAAGACAAAGAAAAAGUCGAUGGAAAAUCAAGUACAUCCGAGCUGCCGAUGGAUAACAAUGAUCGUCGUAUCACUGUCGAAGAACCUUUACUCACGGACAGCAAAAGAAAUUCGACAUCAAGUUUUUUAAGCGUAACAAGUUCGAACGCAUCCUUGCUUUACAUUGAUAACGCAAUUAUGGAAUCGCAUCAACAAAUGAACGCAAACGAUAAUAAUAAUAUAAAUAAAAAUAAAGACGUAAAAAUAAUUAAAGAAGAGGUACAAAUUAAUUCUGCGGACAACGAAAAAUGGUCAGACGGAUCUAAUUUAACAUCACCUGUAAAUAUGGGCCUGCCGAUGGAUUGUGGUACAACAACUUCCGUUACGGAUGUUUAUUCGAAAUUUCAAUGCGAUCCGAAUUUAAUGGAACUCAUAAAGGAACAAUUCACAUCGAAAGAUAUCGAAAAAGUUUGCAGCGUUGUCGAGGGUAUGUCGGAUACGGUUUUAUCAAAUUCCGAUUUCAAAUCCGAGGAUUACGAUUUUAAAAAACCCAUUUUCGAACCACACGUAAACGGUUUGAAUUCUAAAAAUAUAAGAAUAAGUUUUAGUAUAAAUAACGAAGAGAAAACACCGGAAGAAAUUUUUAAAGCGUUGUCACCUCACAGUUUUGACUUCUUGGGUUCCAUCAGUGGUAAACCGACAGGUCGAGAUUUAAGUCGCGAAUCACUUUUCGUGAAAUUCGAUCCCCUGGUACAAGCCCCAAACGGUGUCAGUUUAAUAGAUUUUACGAAAGAAGUCGAAGAAUUAAACACCGCGAUAGAAUUAUCCCCGAAUAAUAAUAAUAAUAAUAAUAAUAAUUCUGCCGUCGAACAUUUACUAAAUAUUUCUCCUCAGAAAAAUCCCGAAAUCAUAGUACCUCCUCUCACUCCUCUUUCGAACAGGAAUAAAAAAUCCGUGAGCGAACCGAAUAUAGAAAAAUUAAAAGAAUUACAAAACGAAAUUUAUUUUAUGAAAAAUUUAUACGCGGAAAGGGAAAAGGCAAACAGUGAGAAAUGGGACGAUUACGAAACUCAAAUAGCAAGGUUGACGGGAGAAAAAUGUCUUUUGGAACAAAAUUUAAAAGAAUCCGGGGAUAGGGAAAAAUCACUCGUUAAAAAAAUGCAAGAACAAAAUCGUAACGUCGAACAAUUGAAAACGAUAAUGGAGGAAUACGUGAAAGUCAUAUCAGCACUCACGACGGAAUUGGAAAAUGUGAAAAAGGAAAAUGAAAAACAAAUAAAAAAUUUAACGACGGAAAAAGACACGUACAUGAUACAUUUGCAAAAUACUGAAGCCGCAUUCACGGACGUGCACGCGAAAUACGAGAAAAGUAAAAAAACUAUAAUCAAUUUGAAAACGAACGAAACGAUGUUUAGGAAAACGAUAGCGGAACAAAUGGAAAAAAUGGAAGAGUACAAGGAGAAAACGGGAGAAGUGCAAGAGAAAACGUGGAGGGAAAUGGAAAAAUUACGGGAAGAAUUAAACGAGGAGAAAAUUUUACAUUCGCAAGAAUUGACUCGACUUAGAGCACAAUUGAGAAAAACGGAAUUAAAACUCGAAGCGAUGCAAGAAUCAUUGGAACAAAAAAUAAAAGAAAAUCAACAGUUGACGGCCAUUUGCGACGAGCUUAUUGAGGGUAAAAAAUAA